AUGGAGGUGGGUUUCUCUCGAUUUUCAUCACCAGAGGCAACAUCUACCCCUUAUUAUACUAGAUUCCGGGACUUAGAUUAUAACAAGUUGGUGAUUGGUACGAUGAAUGGGAAGUGGGAUGAAGAAUACUCACAUAUCCAAAAAGACAAAGGGGAAAUUGGUUUCAUCGAUUAUGAAGAUAAUGCAUCUGUGUGUACAUACAACCCAGAAGAAGAGGGUCCAGUAGUUAUAUCCGUUCCAUUCCCUCUUCAAAAUGGAAAUCCUCGAUCUAUAUUGGUGGGAGAAACUUCUAGUGAUCCAAUCACCAUUAAGAACACCACUGGCAAUCCGGUGGAACUAUGGAAAGUUGACAUUUAUGAUUCAAACCCCAAGGAAUCAUUCACUGUUUCUCUCAUGGAACCUCCAUCGACUAAUACGGAUUUGGAGGAAGAUAGUGGAUUUGUGGAGUCCUUUUGCUUGGAAGAUAGGGUUUUGCAGCCUGGCCAAACUUUAACUGUUUGGUUAUCUUGCAAGCCUAAAGGAAUUGGGUUGCACCAAACGGCGGUGCACUUUGACUUAGAGGAUGCGCGGAUUGAACGUGUUGUUCUCCUUUUUGUGGAAGAUAAGAUCUCCAAAUCCUUGGCAUCAAACAUGCCCUAUUGGAGAGAUAGGAGAAAGAAACCGUUGGUUAAAAAUGUAUCCGCAGCGAAUGCAUUUGUUCCUGGUGAGCGCCCCUCUACGAGGCGUUUGAACAGUGGUUCCAAAUUUUCUCUUGCGGAAUAUCCAAUCCCACAGCCGGUAAGAGAAUCGGUGGAGAAUAAGAUGGUUCCGGAUGGUAUCACAGGUGGUGUAACAAGGAAGAAUUAUUGCAUUUACUUAACUACUCUGAUGAAUUUGGAAGAAAUACAAGUGGAGGAAAAUAUGGGGGGCUACGACAUGGAACGCAUUUGUUUAAGGAAGAAGGGGAAAUUUUUGACCCUUGAGGUACCAGGCUUAGCUGAGAGAAGGCCUUCACUUGUUAAGGGAGAUUACAUCUUUGCUAAACUUUCCACUGAAGAUGCAAAUUACGCAACUCGUACCUAUCAGGGUUAUAUCCACCGUGUUGAGGCUGAAGAAGUAUAUUUGAAGUUUGAUCAUGAUGAAGAAUUCCACUCUCUUCAUAAUUCUUGCAACCUCUAUAAUGUGCAGUUCACGUAUAAUCGGCUAAUCAUGAGGAAACUAUAUCAGGCCAUUGAAGCAGCUGAACGUCUAGAUAAAGAGCUUCUCUUCCCAUCUGAGUCAACUAGAAAGAGGCAGAUUAGAUGCACUCGACUGUCACCUCUCUCUUUGAUUCUUAACAAGGAGCAGAAGCGCUCGAUUGAGAUGAUUCUUGGGUGCAAAGGGGGCCCGCCUUAUGUGAUCUACGGCCCCCCUGGUACGGGAAAGACUGUUACACUAGUAGAAACAAUACUUCAGCUCUAUGCAAAUCGGAAGGAUGCACGACUUCUUGUAUGUGCUCCUUCUAAUAGUGCGGCAGACCAUUUACUGGAGAAACUAGUUUCUGAAAAGAAGGUUUCAUUUAGAAAGAAUGAUAUACUCAGACUCAAUGCCAUUACUCGACCAUUGGAAGAGUAUCAGUCUGACGCUGACCUUCAGUUUUGUUUCUUAGAAAACUCGAGCUUCAGCUGUCCUCCGCUCAAUAAGCUAAUGCACUGCAGAAUCAUCAUAUCGACCUAUAUGAGUGCGUCUCUACUUUACGCGGAAGGAAUCAGGCGGAAUCACUUCUCUCAUAUUUUCUUAGAUGAGGCUGGCCAGGCUUCAGAGCCGGAAACUCUGAUUCCUCUGUCCCACCUUUGCCGAAGGGAGACAGUGGUAGUUCUCGCGGGUGAUCCAAUGCAACUAGGUCCAGUGAUUCACUCUAGAUGUGCUGAAAGCUAUGGGUUGGGAAAAUCAUACCUUGCUAGGCUGUUUGAGUGUGAGUUUUACAACAUGGGAAAUGAGAAUUAUGUCACGAAGCUGGUUCGGAAUUACAGGUGUCACCCAGAGAUUCUUCAUCUCCCUUCGGAAUUGUUUUAUAAUGGGGAACUAAUCGCAUCCAAAGAAGAUACUGGUGAGUCUGUGGCUUGGGUUGACCUUCUUCCUAACAGGGAUUUUCCUGUUCUUUUUGUUGGCAUCCAAGGCCGUGACGAGCGGGAAGGAAGUAAUCCGUCGUGGUUUAACAGAUACGAAAUAAGUAUGGUCGUUGAGUAUAUUAAGAAACUAACAGAAGAAAAGAAGUUGAAUGGGGAGGAUAUUGGUGUCAUAGCACCUUAUCGGCAACAAGUCCUUAAGUUGAAAAACACCCUCGACAGUUUGGGUUUCUCUGGCAUCAAGGUUGGUAGUGUAGAGCAAUUCCAAGGACAAGAAAGGGAGGUUAUCAUCAUAUCUACUGUUCGAUCAACGGUCAAACACAAUGAGUUUGACAAAAUUCACUGCUUGGGAUUUUUGAGCAAUCCCAAAAGGUUCAAUGUUGCCAUUACCCGCGCCAGGUCCUUGCUGAUUGUCAUUGGGAACCCUCACAUCAUUGGCAAGGAUCCACACUGGAAUUUGCUCUUAUGGCGUUGUGUGGACAAUGGCUCCCAUCAGGGUUGUCCUCUCCCUGAAAAGCAAAAUUCUCUCCAGGAUUAUCCCACAGAAGAGAGUUAUUCAGGGUAUGAAGACGAGUACCCCCAGCUCACCGAGGAGUUCAAAGAGUGCAAUUUGGGAAACGAAGAGGAGUACCCUCUGGUCCCUGAUGAAGUAGAACCGGAUGUGGCGAAACCUUGUUUUGAUGAAUCCGAGUGGUCAGAUGGUUGGAAGUAAAAUUUUUAAGAUCUUUUUCAUAUGAGACACAAAAGGAUGAAGAAGAACAUAUCUUCUUCUACCUCUUGUUUUGUGAAAGCAAUUGCUCUGGAGUGCAAGUUUGUCAGUUUGAGAAAAGAACUUGAUGAUGUUUUCUUUUGCUUCUGGGAGCCAUAGUGAUAAAGUUUUAAGUUGUGGAAGAUAUUUAUCUAUGCUUUCUCCAUUAGGGUCUGCAUACACGUUUUUUUGUUUAACCAGAGGAACACAAGCACGCUUAGAAAGUACAUAACGGGGAAGAAGGAAUGGUUUCUGUAUCCCAACUAUUAUUUCUCUAUUGAACUGUUGAUACUCAGAAAAA